AUGGCAUCCAAGUUGAAGAGAAUGCUGAGCGUCAAGGAACGUAGGGUCUGCCGCAAAUCAAGUGCCCCUAGCUUUGCUCGGCCGGGCUCGCCCAAGCUCCGCUCCGUUGCCGAUCCCGACUACAAGCACAGCUCCGCUCGCCGUACCAUGUCACAGCCCCUCGCCAUGCAGGCCAACCUGGCCGGCCCUGAGCGUGAUGCUGCUCUUGAAGAGCUGAAGAUCUAUGGGCGGGACCCUACCAACGCUGAUCCUAUCUUUACACCAGAGGGUAUCGAGAUGCUCACAAGACAUGCCUUCGUAAGCCCGUCCAACUCUACGGCAAGGGCAGCUCUAAAGGUUUUGGCCAACACGAUGCUAUUGGAUCCUAAGGCUCGCCAAACAUUUGUUGACCUUGGCUACGAGGACCAAGCUUGCAGGAGACUGAAGAAUGACAGCUUUGACGAUGAAUUCCUUGUCUCCAGAGUCUUGUUCCUCACCACCUACGGAACCAAGAUCGAUCUUCUUGCUCUAAUUCAGAAACACAGAUUGGCCGAUAUCGUGAUCGAGAAUCUUUCCAAGCACCAAAAGCGCUUGGGAAGUUCCCAGACCCAUGUGUCAGCCGAUCCUAUGGAAGACAUGGCGCUCAACGAGACUUUGAAGCUACUUUUUAACGUCUCGCAUUUCUGCCCCUCAGAAGUGGGAGCAUUCACAGGCGCCAUUCCACACAUCAUUGCACUGCUUUGGAAGCAUGACAUUCCUGAAAACAAACCGCUCGACCCACCAUUCAAUACCCUUGUCAACGCUUUGCUCGAUCUCAAGUUGGAGGACAAAGAUGUCCAGGGGGCUCUUUAUCCCAAGACUGAACCCGCAAAGGUAGCGGAUCGUUUUAUUGAGAUACUGGACGCGGCUCUGAAGGCAUAUCCCGAUAAUGAACUGGAGCAGCUGGUAACGCCGCUGAUAGGUGUCUUGCGGCGUGUGCACGAUGUUGCUCCUGACGGUGCCAAGACGUCUAUUAGGAAGAAGCUUCUUCCUACUGAGCAGGACAGAAAGGAGGUUCUUGGCCGCGGUACCUCAUUGACGUCGCGCUUGUUGCGCAACUCCACCAAUCCCCUGACUCCUCAUCUUCGGGAGGCCAUCUCCCAUCUUCUCUUCGACAUGUCAGACAAGGAUGCUUCAAAGUUUGUUGAGAACGUCGGCUACGGCUUUGCAUCAGGCUUCCUGUUCCAGAACAACAUUCCCAUCCCUGCCAGUGCUGCCGAAGCGUUCAGUACGGGCGAGCAGCAGCGGCCCGUCAACCCCAUUACGGGACAGUUCAUAGACAAGGAAAAACACGUUGAACUUCCGGAGAUGACAGAAGAAGAAAAGGAGAGAGAGGCAGAGAGAUUAUACGUCCUGUUUGAAAGGCUCAAGAAGACAGGUGUCGUUGAUAUCCAGAACCCUGUGGAGCAGGCGGCGAGGUCAGGGCAACUUCAUGACUUUGGUGAUAAGCGAGUGGAGGAGCUCGACGAUUAAGAAGAAGCAUAGCCUAGGAACGGGUUGAACCUGUCAAAGAAUAGCAUACGUGCAUCAGGCAUUGGCGUAGUCAUUGAAGGUACCUUAGCUUGACACAACUUUUGGUGGUCUUGAUUCAGCGAUGGAUUGAUAUGAGUGAAGGUCCGGCUGGCUACAUUUCUACCUUCUGACGUGGUUCCCAUCCAGCCCUGCCUGAGGCUUUUCCAGACCGUUCUCCGUCCCAGCAGGCCUGGCCAUGUCAAUUUAAGGUCACCCCUGGUAGAAACUCAGAAGCAAAUCCGCGAGCUGUACUUGAUCCCGCUUUUCCAGACCUGGGUUGAGAGAGGUGAGCACAUCUCAAUUGCUUUUGCCUAUUUAUAAGACGAUAGUGAGUAGUGAACAAUCGCUCGCGCUAAGUAUAUUUC